GUUAAUCGUCACGACGAAAAUAUUGUAAUACCUAGAAUGGUGAAUACUACAAUGUUUUUUUUCUGUGUUCGCUUGUUUUAAAAUAAUAGGCUGCAGAUAAAGCAGUUUUGGGUGCCUAAAAUGACUUUCCGAGGACGUUGAGGAGCGUCUCCGGACGCAGAUAUUCGAUAGAGUCCAUUUUUGACGUCCUCAUCGGUUGUCUUAAGAGGUCCCAUUUUUCACCGCCUUUUUUCAAUGUUCCGUGGAUGACUGAUUGGCGGUCUUUCGGUGUAAGGAAACAUUAACCGGAAUAUUAACACGCGAAAGCGAAAACCAUGGGGAGAUAAUUUUUGAAUAAAAUUAUUUUGAAAUUUUUUUUUUUUUUUUUUUACACACGGGUACAAAAAUGUACUUUGGAUAUAUUAUUGGUAUCGUAGUAAUUUCAAGCAAAAUCCGGAACCUCUUUUCUCCACCUAGCAUACAAUAUGGAUGUUAUAAUACGAUAAGUAAUUUAAAAUUUGUUGUUGAUCAGCCAAUAAAAAUGAUAUAAAAUUCAAAAUAACGCAGAUUAUCACCAUACUGAACCGUGUUUUAUCUAAUUAGGUACCUACGUUUGAAUAUCUAAUACAAAGUGCCACGGCGUUACAUAACAAACUAUUAUCAGCUAAAAUUAGUACCUAGCACGUACCUGUAUUAAUUAAUAUCUUUAUUCGUCGUGAAUACCUAUAGGUAAUAAUACAAUGUCGUGUAGUUUUUUCAUUUUGUCAAAAAAUGUGAGAUACGAUUAAAUGCUAACCAUAUAGAUGAGUGUUAAGUACCCACUUGACGAAUAAUAAUUCCUCGUCUGUAAAUAUUAUUAUUAAUUUUAUUAUGCAUCUAUAAGACUAUGCGCCAUGAAUUGUACAAAAUAAAUAAAAAAAAACAUUAAACAGAUAUAGUUGGCGUUGUUUCAACUUUCGUGGUAGACACGUACAGGUGAAUAAUAUAUAUAUGUAUUAUAUAUAACGUAUAAAAAAAAAAAAACGGACGAAUUCAAACAAAUUCAUAUUUAGAAAAAAAAUAAUAACAUUUUUUUAUAUUUAUAAAGAAAAAUUUUAAUAAUACGAUGAUUGUGACUUUCAGAUGUUCCGCACGUUUGUAUUUGUUACACGUGCACAAACUCCAUAUACUCGAUUCGCCUCCUAUACAGCCAUUGGAUCGAAAGAAGGUAGUCGCUGACAAAAAAAAAGGUAGUUAUGACGAAAACGUCAUAACAUUACCGUCUGGGCGAACCAUGCGUACAAUAAAAAACAGUAAUUAUACUUUUCGUGCGAUUUUAUUGUCUAGAUUACAGUCGCACACGUGAANAGUGAUUUCUAAUGUGCGUGUGUGUUACAUGAAAAAAGACUGGGGAAUCCUUGUUCCGUUUUAAACACCAUUAGCCAAAAAUAAUUUUAUAUUAUUAUUAUUUGCAAUCAAUCGUUUCUUAAUUCAACAUCAAUUUACAAAUUAUCACAAUUGGACAAUUUUUUUUUAUUUUUUUCAAAUAAAUUAUUGUUAUUAUAUUGUAUAAAACUGUGUGACACAAUAAUUAAACAAUACAUGCAUAGAAAUAUACAUCAUAAAAAAAAAAAAAACUAUGCUCUAAAUGUCAAUAAAAAUAUAAUUAUAAAUAGGUAUGCAAUUACCAAAAUAUGAAAAUAAAACUAUGGUACAUAAACUAUUUUAUAGUAAUAAUUUCAACUCACUUUGUUAUAAAUAGAGGAUCGACAAAAACAUGGAUUGCAUGUAUUUAUAACUUCAAAUUCCUAAUUAUUAUAGCUCUUAUGUUGUUUAAUAUAUGAAAUUUUUUUUUUUUCUUGAAACCAAGUUAUCCUAUGACAAUUUCGUAAAUUUGUUGUUUUGGUUAUUUCAGACAAUGUACAUAAUGAAACCAAUUAUUCACUUGGGCGGUAUGUAUGUAUUUGGCGAGCGUUCAUGGAAACCUUGGUUCAUAUCACUAACAAUUGAAUACAUUAGGUAAGUCGUGUAAAUAUAACAAUACUAGCAAAUAUUAUUCUGACCAUUAAACAAUUGUUUUGUAUUUCAGUUUGCAAAGGUUGAAAUCCUCAAAGAGUCUCACUGCUCAACAACGUUUGGUAUUGUCAAAACGAACACUUAAUUUAGUUAUGUAUUUAAUAAGAUCUCCUUUCUUUGAGAAUUAUUCGGAGAAGCGUUUUCGAGCAUUUUUAUACUGGUUUGUCAAUUCUGUGCCAUUGGUUGGUCCACUCAUGCGACCUUUCCUAGAAUAUAUGCAACAAUGGCAAGAAACAUAUUUUUAUAUUUGGUCGGUUUAAUUUGUCAGAUGGUAUUGGUGUCAUUAUUUUUUUUUACACUAUUUAAAUUUGGAGGGUUUCAUAAAUUACUUUUUUUUCCUUUUAAUAUAUUUAUAGAAUAGAUUUCUUUUAUAAUAAUCUUACUUUUUUAUAAGGUGUUUUUAUAUAUUAUUAAAUGAAUGUGUUUAAAACGCUCAAUUACUUAGAAAAUAUUAGGUACUUUAUAUUAUGUAUGAGUAAUUGUGUAUUAUUAAGAAUUUACUGUCUUAUAUUCCUUGUGUUUAAUGUAAUACACAUUAUUAUUUAAUAAUUAGUUAUAUUAUUUUAGAAUAAGAAUGUUUAAACAUUCUGGGACUGGUUAUUAAUAAUUAGUAGAGACAUGUGUGCACACAUACCAAUUUCUGUUGAUCGCCGUGUGUUCUAAUUCUAAGACUGGUUUAGAUAUAAGUUAAACAAAACUGUUAUGAAAAAAAAAUGAUUGUGUUAAUAUUUAACUUGUAUAUUCUGAUAAUAUAUAAAACUUAAUUCCUAAUCGCCACGAUAAACAUAAUAUAUUUAAAAAUAAUUGAUAUGAUGUCUGUAUAACUAUCGUAGAAAAGUAGGUAUUUUAACUAGUAUAUUGAAUUCAAAUAUUUAAUUUUCAUUUUUUAUCCAACUCAACCCACGCAACAUAACUUAAUGAAAAGAAAUUCCGAGUGGAGUUCCAUUUUUUGACCAAACUUUUAAACUUUUGGCAUAUGCUUUUUCGAUGUCUAGUCGUUCUUGUAUAAGUGUAAUAAUAUCAUUGCAUAAUCAAUAGCUAUAAAUCAAUUCACUCGAAUUUAGGACCCUAAGUUUGACAUUGCCUACAGCUAAAUUACUAACAAUAAUUUUUAGCAAAGAGAUAAGUAAAAAUAUAGAAGCUAGGCUAAUGAAUGAUGAAUAUGGUUUCCGGAAGAAUAAAGGAACCAGGGAAGCAAUUUUUGAUCUGAGAAUAAUACUCGAAGAACAAAUCGAGAGAAACAAAAUUACUUACAUGGCCUUUAUUGACUUAGAAAAAGCUCUAUAGCAUAAACUGGGCGUGUCUCUUUAAAAUUCUGGAAGAAUCAGAGAUCGAUUUUAAAGAUAGACGUAUCCUUCAUAAACUCUAUGAAGAACAAAAGGCCAUAAUAAACAUGAACUCAUCAACAUCAACCGCUAAAAUUCAAAAAGGUGUAAGACAAGGGUGCCCACUGUCACCUGCGUUUUACAAUUUAUGUAUUGAAAAAGUAAUAAAUGAAAUAAAAUUUAGGUUAGAUUGAAAUGAAAUUGGUGUCAAAAUAGGUGUUGUAUUUAUGAAAAUAAAUGCUGAUAAGACCAAAUCCUUAGUGUGCUACAAGACAAACAUACUAUAUAAUAUAUAGUAUUACAUUUAUAUAUAGUAUAUAUAAAUGUAACGCUAGAAAAUGAGAGAAUUGUCUAAGUAGAUUAUUUCAAGUACUUAGGCAGCAUUAUAUCAAACAAUCGGAAAUCAGAAGCAGAAUAGGUCAAGCAAAAAAUACAUUCCUUAAAAAGAGGAAAUCGAUAACAUACAUCCGGAGCGUGCUUUUAUACGGAAGUGAGGAGUGGACAUUAAAUAAAAAAAAGAAAGAGACAGGUUAGAAGCGCAGGAAAUGUAGUAUUAGAAAAGGAUGCAGAGAAUAAGCUGGACUGAGAGAAGAACAAAUGAUGACAUCCUGAAAACAAUAGGAGGAAAAAAGAGUAUUGAUAGAUACUCUACGAAGAAGAUGGCAGUUGAUAGGACAUAUGUUGAGGCAUAGAGAUGAAUUACACAGUUUAAUAAUUAAAGGAAUGAUAGAGGAGACACGAUCAAAAGAAAGACCAGGAACUAAAUACAAUAGCCAAAUAAUGCAACACGCAAGUCACAACUAACAGAGAGCUCAAAAAAAUGGAAAGGGAUGGAAAAAGAUGGAGAAGACAUUUGCUGUGAAAAUUAUUUUCAUUUGUUAAGAAACCAAUCUCCGGAUUGAAAGACAAAAAAAAAAUAGAAUAAUAAAGUAAAAACAAAAUUAUUACAAUAGUUAAUACUCGUCAAUAAUUAUAUAAAUGAAAAAUAAAUUAAUUAAUAAAUGCGUAGCCUGGAUUAUUAUACGACCGGUUUCGAAUUAAAAAUUCAUCAUCCGGUAUAUUAGUCAAAAUGUAAAACGCGACUGAAUAUAAAAAAAAAAAACGAUAUUCAUUCGUUUUAUAUUUUAGUACAGUUUAAGAACAAUUACAUGUAUACAAUGAAAUGAAGACAAAUAAUUUGAAUACUAUUUAGUAUGUGUAAACCGUUUCAACACCAAUAUAUUUGAGAUAAUAAAUAAUAACCAAAUGAUUUUUAUUUUAUAUGUAUAAUAAUAACCGAAUUGACAAUGUCGAAUGGCACACUUUAAUAGUGAUAUAUUUGUACUCCUUAUGAUAACGAAUUGUUAAUCAGCCGCUCGGUACGAUCAAUAUUAUUUGUCUUUAUACUGUUUUGUAACACAAAAUUUUUUGUUUUUCAUUUCACGAUGGAAAAUUUCAAUUUUACAAUGUUGAAGAAUUGUUAAUUGUUAUGGUUGUUUUUAUAACUGCGGAAUACUCACCGUUUUGUAUAACAUUUGAGACAACUUGUACGCAGUAAUUGAUAACCGGUAAAAACAAUUGAUAACGCUUAUCGCAAUAGGUUCUUCAAUAACAAAAAUAAUCAAACCAAUAUAAUAUUCAAAAAUGAUAUAAGUUCAGUACCAGCGUUAUAUUAAUUUUAAUUCAUGUAAAUUAAUUAAAUUACUUUUACUUGUGUACUAUAGAAAUAAAAUGGAACAUUUAUCAUUACCUACGUUGAAAAUACUUUAUAAACAUUAUAUCAAUUGGGUCAGCACUCAUCCAGAACACACUACACAUCUUGAAGCUUCAAUAAAAUGGAUUUCUUAUUUUUUAGCUGGUAUGUUACACAUUAAUUUUAAUCCAAAUAGAAAUACUCUUAACUAUACACCAGCACAUGUUUGCAGGACGAAUAAACAACUCAACAUUAUUAUCCGAGCUUAUUUAUUCAAUGUCAAACUUCAUGUUGCUAUUUAAUGAUCAAAUCAUAUUGAAUAUUGACAAAAAAUCUACACCAACCAAUGACAAAGGAAAUAAAAAGAUAUUUUCCCCUGAAAACAUCAAGUGUUUCCUUACCAUGNUCAUAAUUUUUACUAUUAUGCAUAACUUAGUUUAAAACAAUUGAAAUUUUACUAAAAAUAAUAAUUUUAUUGCAUUAUAAAAUUACCAAUAAUUUUAAUAUGAGCAAGUAUUUAAAUUCUGAGUUUCACUUAGGUUAGAUUUUCAUUACUUUGAUAAUUUCUGCAUUAAAAUUUAAAAUAAUACAAUAUUGCGUUGUGUUUCUUCUGCCACUUGUUCUAUCGAGUAUGCAAAAAAAAGCUUCUUCUUUUACAAAUGUACUAGUAAACUAUUUAGAAAUAUUACCUGCUAUAACAUUUAUUUCAAAAAAUAUCACAUUUUAUUUAACAAAUAAAUGAUACAAUAAAUUUUAACAGCCAUAAUAACUUUUUACUGGAAAUUAAAUUAUAAUUUUGUAGAUGUAAAUGAUUGUAUAAUUCAGUCUUCCUCCACUGUUUACGAUUUUCCACCACCAACACUCAUAAAUGAAAGAUAUGUAUUCCAAGCUAACGAUACUAUUUGCACUGACAGCACUCUAAACUGUGGUGGAACAACAGUGAAGUUAACCGUUUGUACGGCUGGCCAUACCUGUACAACAUGAUAGAUAAGAAAACUAUGAAACAGUUACCAAAAAACUAAUUGAUUUCAAAGAUUUACCAAAUAACUAGUUAGCAUAACAGUCACGUAAUUGUCUUCUAAUUUUUUUUGUAUCGCUGGCCAUUCAUCUCCACUAAAUACUCUACUCAUAAUUAACACACUCCCAUUAAUAAGGGGCGAUGCGACCAAUUGAUCUACUAAUAUCUUUUUCGCAACAAUGGGUACUGUGUUUUUAGUUCCGAACCGAUCCAGUGUUCUAUACCACAUACUAAGUGUUGGUCCGACUGCACAUCCAAUAGAUGCAUAUCGCACUGUACGUAACCAAUCGAUUUCAGUAAGUUUCCGCUUUUCUACAAGAAUUUGAGCCGUCACAUCACCAAAACCAAAUAAAAUACCUAUAACGCAAUUUUAAUUAAGAUAAUGUGUAAAAUACAGUUUUAUAAUUACCGAAACCAUGGACAAACAUGCUCUAACCAGGAAAUUGGAUAACUGUGACUGUAAUGCCUGUACCAUUUUAAAAAUGACGCCAUUCUGGUUUACUGUGGACUCGAUGAUGGUUUUAACAAUAAUAUUCUCUGAACACUAACAAUUAUUGCACCAGUAGUGUACCACAAUAUGUUUCAUUUAAUGAUUAUACACAGUUUCACUCGUUCAUUCAGUUUCUUUAGGUUAAAAUUAAUAUAGUAUGUACGUUUGUUUGAGACCAAUAACAAAUAAUACUUAUUACAAGGCGGCUUAAAUAUAUAAACAUGAAUAUUAUGCUAAUGGACAGUCAUUGCAUGCCUACCAAUUAUAGACCGUCCAACUUGACGGGAUUUUAAAUUGUAAACUCGAAGAGUGUAGUGUAGUUGGACGUAUGAAUUGAAACUACAAUUAUUUAACUCGUAACCGGUUGAUUUCUUCUCUUAUCUUGCGUUGUCAGCUCGUCGCUUGUACAGAGCGUUCAAAAUGUUUGUUGUAUUGUUAACUGUACAGCCUGCACGGUACACUAGCGCACAAUGCUAUUAAAUUAGGUCAAAAAUGAUCGGUAUCGUAUUGAAUUAACGGUUUGAAAUCGUAAUAGAACUCCGCUGAAUUAGGAUUUUAAUUACGGGCGACUGUUAUUAUUCAAUAUGCUUUAUAAAUUUAUACAUGGAUUAUUUUUUAUGCAAGAGACAUUGCCACGUUUGUAAAAGUCAUAGACGAAAUAUCAUUUUCGUCACGACAAAAAUAUUGUAAUACCUGAGUUGGUGAUUAUUAUAAUGUUAUUUUUUUUUUUUUAGUGUUCAUCUCGUUUUAAGUUAAUAGGCUGCAGGUGAAGCAGUUUUGGGUACCGAAAAAGACUCCGAGGACGUUGAGGAGCGUCUCCGGACGCAGAUAUUCGAUAGAGUCCAUUUUUGACGUCCUCAUCGGUUGUCUUAAGAGGUCCCAUUUUUCACCGCCUUUUUUCAAUGUUCCGUGGAUGACUGAUUGGCGGUCUUUCGGUGUAAGGAAACAUUAACCGGAAUAUUAACACGCGAAAGCGAAAACCAUGGGGAGAUAAUUUUUGAAUAAAAUUAUUUUGAAAUUUAUUUUUUUUUUUUUUUUUUACACACGGGUACAAAAAUGUACUUUGGAUAUAUUAUUGGUAUCGUAGUUAUUUCAAGAAAAUCCGGAACCUCUUUUCUCCACCUAGCAUACAAUAUGGAUGUUAUAAUACGAUAAGUAAUUUAAAAUUUGUUGUUGAUCAGCCAAUAAAAAUGAUAUAAAAUUCAAAAUAACGCAGAUUAUCACCAUACUGAACCGUGUUUUAUCUAAUUAGGUACCUACGUUUGAAUAUCUAAUACAAAGUGCCACGGCGUUACAUAACAAACUAUUAUCAGCUAAAAUUAGUACCUAGCACGUACCUGUAUUAAUUAAUAUCUUUAUUCGUCGUGAAUACCUAUAGGUAAUAAUACAAUGUCGUGUAGUUUUUUCAUUUUGUCAAAAAAUGUGAGAUACGAUUAAAUGCUAACCAUAUAGAUGAGUGUUAAGUACCCACUUGACGAAUAAUAAUUCCUCGUCUGUAAAUAUUAUUAUUAAUUGUAUUAUGCAUCUAUAAGACUACGCGCCAUUAAUUGUACAAAAUAAAUAAAAAAAAACAUUAAACAGAUAUAGUUGGCGUUGUUUCAACUUUCGUGGUAGACACGUACAGGUGAAUAAUAUAUAUAUGUAUUAUAUAUAACGUAUAAAAAAAAAAAAAACGGACGAAUUCAAACAAAUUCAUAUUUAGAAAAAAAAUGAUAACAUUUUUUUAUAUUUAUAAAGAAAAAUUUUAAUAAUACGAUGAUUGUGACUUUCAGAUGUUCCGCACGUUUGUAUUUGUUACACGUGCACAAACUCCAUAUACUCGAUUCGCCUCCUAUACAGCCAUUGGAUCGAAAGAAGGUAGUCGCUGACAAAAAAAAAGGUAGUUAUGACGAAAACGUCAUAACAUUACCGUCUGGGCGAACCAUGCGUACAAUAAAAAACAGUAAUUAUACUUUUCGUGCGAUUUUAUUGUCUAGAUUACAGUCGCACACGUGAAACGAUAAAAUAUUAUUGUUCUAUUCCAGCUCCUCCGUUUAACCAACGCACCUGGCAAGCCCCGCCGAGACCAGACACGUUCAUCGAACGAGGAUUGAUUAUCACAAACAGACGUGUUGUAGCGGAGGUACAUUUUUUGUCAUCAAUUAAGUGAUUUCUAAUGUGCGUGUGUGUUACAUGAAAAAAGACUGGGGAAUCCUUGUUCCGUUUUAAACACCAUUAGCCAAAAAUAAUUUUAUAUUAUUAUUAUUUGCAAUCAAUCGUUUCUUAAUUCAACAUCAAUUUACAAAUUAUCACAAUUGGACAAUUUUUUUUUAUUUUUUUCAAAUAAAUUAUUGUUAUUAUAUUGUAUAAAACUGUGUGACACAAUAAUUAAACAAUACAUGCAUAGAAAUAUACAUCAUAAAAAAAAAAAAAACUAUGCUCUAAAUGUCAAUAAAAAUAUAAUUAUAAAUAGGUAUGCAAUUACCAAAAUAUGAAAAUAAAACUAUGGUACAUAAACUAUUUUAUAGUAAUAAUUUCAACUCACUUUGUUAUAAAUAGAGGAUCGACAAAAACAUGGAUUGCAUGUAUUUAUAACUUCAAAUUCCUAAUUAUUAUAGCUCUUAUGUUGUUUAAUAUAUGAAAUUUUUUUUUUUUCUUGAAACCAAGUUAUCCUAUGACAAUUUCGUAAAUUUGUUGUUUUGGUUAUUUCAGACAAUGUACAUAAUGAAACCAAUUAUUCACUUGGGCGGUAUGUAUGUAUUUGGCGAGCGUUCAUGGAAACCUUGGUUCAUAUCACUAACAAUUGAAUACAUUAGGUAAGUCGUGUAAAUAUAACAAUACUAGCAAAUAUUAUUCUGACCAUUAAACAAUUGUUUUGUAUUUCAGUUUACAAAGGUUGAAAUCCUCAAAGAGUCUCACUGCUCAACAACGUUUGGUAUUGUCAAAACGAACACUCAAUUUAGUUAUGUAUUUAGUAAGAUCUCCUUUCUUUGAGAAUUAUUCAGAGAAGCGUUUUCGAGCAUUUUUAUACUGGUUUGUCAAUUCUGUGCCAUUGGUUGGUCCACUCAUGCGACCUUUCCUAGAAUAUAUGCAACAAUGGCAAGAAACAUAUUUUUAUAUUUGGUCGGUUUAAUUUGUCAGAUGUUAUUGAAAAAAUGGGUGUCAUUAUUUUUUUUACACUAUUUAAAUUUGGAGGGUUUCAUAAAGUACUAUUUUUUCUUUUUAUAUGUUUAUAGAAUAGAUUUCUUUUAUAGUUAUCUUACUUUGUUAUAAGGUGUUUUUAUAUAUUAUUAAAUUAAUGAGUUUAAAAGGCUCAAUUACUUGGAAAACUGUUAUGAAAAAAAAAUGUUUGUGUAAAUAUUUAAC